AUGGCUCGUUUUUUCUUCACAGCACCACUUUUAAUGGUGGCACUUGCUUUGGGAUUGGCAAGUUCAGAAGCUCGUGCUGCUCCACGUAGAGUAGGAAAUGAAAUCAGAUCAAACAAGAUCAAUCCAAGUGAAAUUGAUCAAGCAAUUGAACUUUUACGUCGUGCAAAUUACGAUUUCGCAGGUCAUCUUCAUAAUGACUUGGAAAGACGUGGUCAAUCUGAAGAGAAAUGGACAUUGUGGGGUGGAGGUUACACAUGUCAUUGCUCUGGAAAAGGAAACGGCGGCGGUUCAGGUAGCAGUGGCAGCUCUUCUGGCGGAGGCGGCCAAUACAACAACGGAGGCAAUGGUGGCAAUGGAGGCAAUGGAGGCAAUGGAGGCAACGGCGGAGGCAACAGUGGAGGCAAUGGUGGCAAUGGAGGCAAUGGAGGCAACGGUGGCAAUGGAGGCAACGGCGGAGGCAACAGUGGAGGCAAUGGAGGCAAUGGAGGCCAAGGUGGCAAUGGUGGCAACGGUGGAUCAGGUUCAGGAGGCUCAAACCCCCCAUCUGGCGGAAACGGUUCAAACCCUCCAUCUGGCGGAAAUGGCUCAAACCCUCCAUCUGGCGGAAACGGUUCAAACCCUCCAUCUGGCGGAAAUGGUUCAAACCCUCCAUCUGGCGGAAACGGUUCAAACCCUCCAACAGGCGGCGGUGGCGGCCAAACCCCUCCCACAGGCGGAAAUGGACAAUGCCCACCCGGUUAUCAACCCGCUCAUCAAGGUGAUGUCAUUCAAGUCAAUCAUAAUGAUUUAGUCGACUUGAGUGGAUUGACCAUUGAUUUGAACAUCUUGAACUUCGGUUCAGAUGGUAAACAAUCUGCCACACAAAACGAACCAAUCACAAGCUCGCCAAAAUGCAACUCUGACACUUGCUGCUACAAACCCAACGGAAAUUGCCCAAGCGGUUACCAAUACGUUAGCAAAGGAAACGUUUACCAAGAGAACGACAACGAUCUUUUGGAUUUGAGUGGAUUAACCGUGAACCUUGAUAUUUUGAACUUCUUCCAAAACGCCGCUCAAACUUCUGAAUCCAAACCUGCUUCCGAUAAACCAACUUGCCAAAGUGAUGCUUGCUGUGUUAAGCCCGUAGGUAGUGCACCUCCCGGUACAUGUCCCUCUGGAUAUACUAAAGCAAGCAACGGUGACGUUAUUCAAAUCAACCACAACGACUUGAUCGACGCUAGCGGUGCUGAUGUUGUUCUCAACUUGCUCAACUUUGGAUCCAAUGGUCAACAAACUGGUGGCUCUCAAGUUCUCGCAAAAAGUCAACCAAAGUGCGAUGCUGAUACAUGCUGUUACAAGCCUCUUCCAGGAAGCAAUGGCGGCGUUUGCCCCCCAGGAAGCGCACCUGUCUCUCAAGGUAACAUCAUUCAAAAAUCUGAUAACGACCUCCUCGAUUUGAGUGAUGCUUCCGUUGUCUUGAACAUUCUCAACUUUGGAUCGAACGGUAAACAAACUGGCCAAUCAACUGCAUCUCCAAAAGAUCAGACAGUAUGCACUUCUACCACUUGCUGCGUUUCAUCCGGAUCUGGUGGUAGUGGUUCGGGUGGUGAACAACCACACUGCCCCAGUGGUUACGCCCCAAUCAGCCAAGGUAACAUCAUCCAAAAAUCCGACAACGAUCUUCUUGACUUGAGUGAUGCUUCCGUUGUCUUGAACAUCCUCAACUUUGGAUCCAAUGGCCAACAAACCGGUUCAGAGACCGCCAAGGGAAGUGACAGCACAAAGUGCAACUCAGCUUGGUGCUGUGCUAAAGGUAAUGGAGGAAACGGAUCAGGAAGUGGUGGUGAACAACCACACUGCCCCAGUGGUUACGCCCCAAUCAGCCAAGGUAACAUCAUUCAAAAAUCCGACAAUGACCUUCUCGAUUUGAGCGACGCUUCCGUUGUCUUGAACAUCCUCAACUUUGGAUCCAAUGGCCAACAAACCGGAUCAGAAACUGCAAAGGGAAGCGAUAGCACAAAGUGCAACUCAGCCUGGUGCUGUGCUAAGGGUAAUGGAGGAAACGGAUCAGGAAGUGGUGGUGAACAACCACACUGCCCCAGUGGUUACGCCCCAAUCAGCCAAGGUAACAUCAUCCAAAAAUCCGACAAUGACCUUCUCGAUUUGAGCGACGCUUCCGUUGUUUUGAACAUCCUCAACUUUGGAUCUAAUGGUCAACAAACUGGAUCAGAGACCGCCAAGGGAAGUGACAGCACUAAGUGCAACUCAGCUUGGUGCUGUGCUAAAGGUAACGGAGGAAACGGAUCAGGAAGUGGUGGUGAACAACCACACUGCCCCAGUGGUUACGCCCCAAUCAGCCAAGGUAACAUCAUCCAAAAGUCUGACAAUGACCUUCUCGAUUUGAGCGACGCUUCCGUUGUUUUGAACAUCCUCAACUUUGGAUCUAAUGGUCAACAAACUGGAUCAGAGACCGCCAAGGGAAGCGAUAGCACAAAGUGCAACUCAGCUUGGUGCUGUGCUAAAGGCAAUGGAGGAAGCGGAUCCGGAUCAGGAAGUGGUGGUGACAAACAACCUCACUGCCCCAGCGGUUACGCCCCAAUCAGCCAAGGUAACAUCAUCCAAAAAUCCGACAACGAUCUCCUUGACUUAAGUGACGCAUCCGUUGUUUUGAACAUCCUCAACUUUGGAUCUAAUGGUAAACAAACUGGAUCAGAGACCGCCAAGGGAAGUGACAGCACUAAGUGCAACUCAGCUUGGUGCUGUGCUAAAGGUAAUGGAGGAAGCGGAUCCGGAUCAGGAAGUGGCGGUGACAAACAACCACACUGCCCUAGCGGUUACGCCCCAAUCAGCCAAGGUAACAUCAUCCAAAAGUCUGACAACGAUCUUCUUGAUUUGAGCGACGCUUCUGUUACCUUGAACAUCCUCAACUUUGGAUCCAAUGGUCAACAAACUGGAUCAGAAACUGCAAAGGGAAGCGAUAGCACAAAGUGCAACUCAGCCUGGUGCUGUGCUAAAGGCAAUGGAGGAUCCGGAUCCGGAUCGGGAAGCGGUGGUAACAAACAGCCAAGUUGCCCAAGCGGAUACAGCCCAGUGAGCCAAGGAAACAUCAUCCAAAAGUCUGACAAUGAUCUCCUUGACUUGAGUGGCCUUUCCGUCACUUUGAACAUUCUCAACUUUGGCUCCAACGGUCAACAGACUGGAUCGGAAAGCGCAAAAGGAAGUGAUAGCACAAAAUGCGACUCAUCCUGGUGCUGUGUUAAGAAAGAUUAA